AUGGCCGAACAGCAUCUGCUUCUUGCUUCUCCCGGGCAGAGCCUCUCACGGAUAGAGAGCUUGUCUCUAGUUCAGAUCUUCCUUAACGCUUCUCUAGCAUGUAUCGCACAUACGAGGGAGCUCAUCCCAUGGAUGUCUCCGUGUCUCCAAACACGAUACAUCGACCACAUCGACCCGUCUCUCCUGGUCAGUGAUGAAAGCUUGUACACCACAUUCCAGGCUUUCGAUUCCAAAGGCGCUCGAAGCGGGCAAGAGAUUAGAAUUUUGGUGCGUGGCGGCCACAAACGUGCCGAUCAGAUACUCGAGAUGCUUGAAAAUGGAGUGUUCGAAGCACUAGAACAUGGCUACUUGAACACCCUACAAGUCUUUGUGACCGACAACAAUGGCAGUACUCCCACUGUCCUUGAAACCUAUUGCUUUACGUUUUCCUACGACGGCGGUCGGGUCAGCAGCGUCGAGUUCAGUCCUACGAACCAUGUCUUCGUACUGGAGCAUUUACACAAGAGUUUCAAGGCCGCUAUUCGCGCUCUCCUCCGUUCUUUGAAACAGCUCCCGCGUCUCCCAGCACGCCGGAAGCUAGGCAUGAGCCUCACCUAUAAUGACGAGUGCCCCAACAUCUACCAGCCGCCAGGGUUCAUGGACAGAGACGAUCCGGAAGAACCAGAUCGCCUGUUGAUAUGUGAGGCCUUAGAGCAAGGUGUCGGAGAUAUUGUGGGAAAGCUGGACACAGGACAUUAUCAGGUCAACGUUGGUGUUUGCCAAAGAGCCUCGGAAGACACAGACACGCCACCUGACCCCCAAGAUGCUGCCAUGAGCAGACAAUUACAGGCAAUGCAAAAGACAUCCUCAAUCCGGAGCACUGAUCUAGUCUCCACGCUCAAAGAUUCCCGCUCUGACAAACGAAAAAAUGACUUUCAAGUCCCAGGAAGGAAACGUCUGAAGGUAACUGGGCCUAGUGGUCUGCUCAGCGAGAUCCAAGUUGGGCAGGGCAAGCGGCAGCAGCAGGUAGGCCGGAUUGAGGACCUUGAAACGUCCGUAGGGGAGCUCAAUCAAGCCGGAGCUGCUGAUGAUCCUGUCGUCUCUGAGGCCAGCCCCAGCCGCAGGAAUGGUCCGUGGCUCAGCAUCAGCAAGCUGGUAGAACUUCUCGUUCAUUGCUACGCUAUUCAGUGUGGAGUUUCUGGGGGUGACGGGAAUGUUUUUGACCAAGGUUUGCUUGCGGAUGGGAUUAUCAGACGGAGGAAUCGAUCGAACCGCCUCAGAUGUGAGUGUGGUAAUGCAGUCGUGCCCGGUCAGCUGGCCUACUGUGAAGUCUGUGGCAACUGGCAGCAUGCGCAGUGCUAUGGCUAUGAUGAAACUUCUUCACUCGACCCGCCAACCGAGCGAUUCUGCUAUACUUGUCUCCUUUUUCCCGCUGACGAAGGCGUUCUGCAUUUGCCUGCAUACAUCAUUGCCAUGCGAUUUGCUGUUAGCAAGUUAGCAAGUCAAAGACAGUCCGGCUAUGCCCUGAACGAAGAAAAGUUGCAGACCAUGCUUCAGCCCCUACAAUGUACCAAACCGGUACUCGAUGCAGUAGUCAGCCAGCUAGUGGCAGACGGUGUCCUCCUCCAAGAAGGGCAACACUUGCAGAUCUGUCACCUCGACAAGUCGAACCUGCGGGAACUCGAGCGCAAGUACCGGCACCCAUUCGCUCACAUCGGCCACCUCUACGACCCAGACGCUGAUGCCCAAGAUCUACAGCAGCGUACCUACCAUAUCGCGCGUGCCAUGGAGAAGUAUGCUAGAGGCCAAGAUUUCACCAGAGCCCAAGGCUGUGGGAAGAUCACCUACUUCGAUCAAUUUGGCGAGCCCGUGGCUCGAUGGGGCUAUUUUGAAGUCAAGGGUCCCUCAAACACCAAACCUGCCGCAGUAAACUUUCCUCCGGCAACACCGGUGCGCCGCCGCAAAGCCAGCAUUUCCCGGCUGUUGGUCAAUGUGGACCGCUCACCGUCAGUAGGAAGCGUGAGCUUGGACGAAUCAUCGCUCCAGGUUGUCGAGGAUGUGACCUGCAGCAGCGAUUUCAGUCGAGUCAGCUCCACGGCCACGGGCGACUGA